UUUGUGUGAGAGACUUCGACGUGAACGAGGUUAUUCAGUUGAAUGUAUCAGCUAGCGUGAUGAUGCUAAGCUAGCUGUCAGCCAGGCAUCCACGGGUUUUGCUGCCGACUUCGCUACCGGAUGCUUCCGGUCGUAUCCUGCUGGCCGUCUUGACAUUCCCUCAACAUUCCUGGACGAAUUCGUGUCGACUGACCAGAGUCCGCGAAUUCAGGUCCACUCCUGAUCUAACCUUCCCCAGCUAGCGUAACUUAGCUCGCCGGCUAGCGAGACUGCACACACGGAGAACCGGACUGACGGGAGUUCCACUUAAGGACCACACCCAGACAAGAUGUCCCUUCAUCAGUUUCUGCUGGAGCCCAUCACCUGCCACGCAUGGAACCGCGACAGGACACAAAUUGCCAUCAGUCCUAAUAACCAUGAAGUUCAUAUCUACAAGAAGAGUGGCAACCAGUGGGUCAAGACCCAUGAGCUGAAGGAGCACAAUGGACACAUAACAGGUAUUGACUGGGCUCCCAAAAGUGAUCGUAUAGUGACAUGCGGAGCAGACCGUAAUGCCUACGUGUGGUCCCAGAAGGAGGGGGUAUGGAAGCCCACACUGGUCAUCCUCAGGAUCAACCGAGCUGCCACCUUCGUCAAGUGGUCUCCACUGGAGAAUAAGUUUGCAGUCGGCAGUGGGGCUCGACUCAUCUCUGUCUGCUACUUUGAGUCUGAGAAUGACUGGUGGGUGAGCAAGCACAUCAAGAAGCCUAUCCGCUCCACCAUCCUCAGUCUGGACUGGCAUCCCAACAAUGUCCUGCUGGCUGCUGGAUCCUGUGACUUCAAAUGCAGGGUGUUCUCAGCCUACAUUAAGGAGGUGGAAGAGAAACCAGGCCCCACACCCUGGGGCAGCAAGAUGCCAUUUGGGGCUGUGCUAGCAGAAUUCGGAGGAGCAGGUGGAGGGGGUUGGGUCCACUCUGUCUCUUUCUCAGCCUCUGGUAACCGCCUGGCCUGGGUCAGCCAUGACAGCACUGUCACUGUGGUGGACAGCUCUAAGACUGCCAGUCCCUCACAGCUGAAGACGGAGUACCUUCCUCUCCUCAGUGUCAUUUUUGUUUCAGAGAACAGUCUAGUAGCUGCGGGCCACGACUGUUGCCCCAUGCUGUUCCGUUGCGACGACGGUGGAACGCUGACAUUUGUGUCAAAGCUCGACCUCCCCAAGCAGAGUAUCCAGAGGAACAUCUCUGCCAUGGAGCGCUUCAGGAACAUGGACAAGAGAGCCACCACCGAGGACCGCAACACUGCCCUGGACACACUGCACCAGAACAGCAUCACCCAAGUGUCUAUCUAUGAGGGAGACAAAAGGGAAUGUCGCAAGUUCUGCACCACAGGCAUCGAUGGAGCAAUGACCAUUUGGGACUUCAAGAGUCUAGAAGCUUCUAUCCAGGGUCUCCGCAUCAUGUGAAGAAAUCUUGUGAAUGAAUGAAGAGACGCUGCGGCCUCACUUCUCUCCCCUCGCCCUCACAGUCCUCACCCCUCCUUCCCCUUUCCACCUCCACCCCCCUCCCUCUCCUGCGACGCAGCCAGUAACAUACAUAACUGACCACCUUAUCGAGUGUCUGCUGAAGCACUGAUCAGACCAUAACACACUCUUGUGGGUGUGUGCUUACACUCUCACACACACUUGCACACUACAACACAUGAACAAGCAUACACUACACUAUUCUACAAUACAAUACACAUUACACUACACUAUACUACACUACACACACACACACACACACACACACACACUGAGCUGACGUGUGACAUCACUGUUAAUUUUUUGUUUGUUUGUUUGUUUGUUUUUAAAUGAAGGUUAACCAGGUGUCAAAGUGGGAAGGUCCUCUGACACGUAUUAAACGUGAUGUGAAAUGUGUGUUUUUAUGUUCUCUAACCUCCUGUACCAAAAGUUGAACACUAAAAGGUGCGUUUUAUCCAAAAAUCAGACUGUAUUUCACCUCAGAUUAACCUCGACGUGAUCUCUUAAUAUCAGCGUUUAAUAGAUCGGAGGGCGUGACUGUUUACUUCCUGGUGGAUAGUAAAUCUUCUCCAGUAGGUGAAGUCAUCGUUUGGAUAAGAACCCGUCUAUUGAUAUUCUGAGGUCAUGUUGCUGGUUGGGCUGUAGAGAGCUGUACAGGAUCUGAUGGUGGAGAGAGAAAGCAGCUGUCUAAACUCUGUGCAGAGUCACGGCUGGGCAGCACUAGGCUCUGCAGCUAAACUAAAACCACACGAGAUGGAGGAUUUCUAUGUAACUGAUCAUGAGGUAGACAUGAAAUAAAGAUGAAAAACAUUUACAGUACACAA